AUGUCUGCAUCAUCUUUCUUAGCUCCACAACAUCAAAUCAAAGGCCAGACCGCGAUCAUCACCGGUGGUACUAAAAACUUGGGUGGUGCCGUUGCCAAAGAAUUGGCCAGAUUAGAAGCCAAUUUGUUUCUCCACUAUCGAUCCGAUCCGCAGCAAGCCAAGUCGUUCCAACAAGAAAUCAUCAAGGAAUUUCCGCAAGUUAAAGUUGAAAUUUACCAAGCUGACUUUAAAGUUGCUGAUGAUGUAGCUAAAUUCUUCCAAGCGGGCAAGGCAGCAUUUCCGCAAGGUAUCGAUAUUGCCGUCAACAAUAUCGGCCAAGUCAUCAAAAAGGAAAUAACCCAAUUCACCGAGGAGGAAUUCGAGUCCUUAGACUUGAACAACAACAAAGUGGCGUUCUUUUUCAUCAAGGAAGCAGGCUUGAACUUAAACGAUAACGGCAGAAUUGUCACUUUGACCACGUCGUUGUUGGCUGCUUACACUGAAUAUUACGGUGGGUACCAAGGAACCAAGGCUGGAGUCGAGUUUUAUUCCAAGGCUGCCUCAAAAGAGUUGCUCAGCAGAGGCAUAACUUCCAACACCGUUUCUCCGGGACCAAUGGAGACUUCGUUUUUGAUCAACUCGGAAAAAAAGGAGGCUCUUGAAUUCUACAAGACUGUUGCGUUGCACCAGAGAUUGACUCAGGUCUCGGACAUUGUUCCAAUUAUCCGAUUCUUGGUCACCGAAGGUACGUGGAUCACGGGCCAAAACAUCUUUGCCUCGGGUGGUUUCACUGCUCGUUAA